AUGUGUGAGCUGUUUCCUGAAAGCCCUGUUCUGAGCAGUCGCGAGGCCGCCUUUGUCUAUGCCAUCUCAUCAGCAGGUAUGGUCUACACCUUGACAAGGGCGUGCAGUCAGGGUGAACUAGAAAACUGCUCUUGCGACCCUGGAAAAAAGGGCUCAUCUCGUGAUGCCAAGGGAGCUUUCGACUGGGGUGGGUGCAGCGAUCAUGUUGACCACGCGAUCAAGUUCACUCAGGUCUUCAUUGACGCCAAGGAGAGGAAGGAGAGAGAUGCACGGGCGCUCAUGAACUUGCACAACAACCGUGCAGGGAGGAAGGCGGUAAAGCGCUUUAUGAACCUAGAGUGUAAGUGUCAUGGUGUCAGUGGCUCAUGCAACGUACGUACCUGCUGGUUGGCCAUGGCAGACUUCAGGCAGACCGGUGACUAUCUCCGCAAAAAGUACAACAAUGCCAUUCAGGUGGUGAUGAACCAGUAUGGAACAGGCUUCACCAGUGCCUACAGGAUGUUUAAGAGGCCUACCAAAAAUGACCUAGUCUACUUUGAAGACUCACCUGACUACUGUAUAUGGGACCAUGAGUCUGGUUCUGUGGGCACAGGUGGGCGAGUGUGCAACCGCACGUCCCGUGGGGCUGACAGCUGUGAGGUCAUGUGUUGUGGGCGGGGCUAUGACACAUCACGCGUGAGCCGCACCACCAAGUGUGAGUGCAAGUUCCACUGGUGUUGUGCUGUUCACUGCAGGGACUGCCAAGAGGAGGUAGAUGUGCAUACCUGCAAAACCCAGUCAUGACCCCACCACUCCUGCACUUCAGAGUAAAGAUCCCAUCUCAAACCUUUGACUUUGUACAGUGCUUUUCUGUGGCAAAUUAGAUAAAAGUCUAUUCAGCAUGGCAGACACAAAUGACCAGCAACUUCAAAACUAUGCAGAUUUGUUGUAAGUCUUAAGUAGUUUCACCAUAUUUACUUACUGUUUUUCCCCAUCAUA